AGUGAGCGUAGGUGCUCUAGAAAACGUUUCCAGGCCUGCAUCAAGAGAGUCAUUAGCGACAGGCUCAAGCAACAUUGCAUAUUCUCCCUGGCAAAGAUGAGGAAACAAAUCUUACCGUGUGUGCAAGCCUGGAGACUGGAGAGCAGCAGCACGUCACGUCAGUAUGAUAUUAAUGCAACUGAUGAGGAGAAGCAAGAUCCAAAGCUGCAGAGAGCAAUCGAAGAGAUGAGGAAGCUUGAUGAACUGCUGUCUGUAUGCAUGACCAGAGAAAAAGAAGCCAAGCGUCAACGAAAACAGCUCCAAGCUGAACUUUGGCAAGAGUUAAUGGACAGCUUACCAGAAGGCCGCUCUGAAAACAGCCAGGAAGCCAUAAAUGCAAGGCUAUUUAUGGCGCUGGAAGAACCGAUUGACCAUUCAGAAAAGGAGGACUUUGAAACCCUAUUUCAAUCUCAGACAUGCGAGAGUGAACUGGAUAAAAGACUGAAAACAUUGUUAGAGAGUGACGAGAGAGCAGACGAGUUGAGCGAAGUAUCCGAGUCCAUGUGUGAGGAACCAGAUGAAGGGAACCAUGGUGAUACCUGCAAGGGAAAGAAGAAACAGAAGAACUUUGUCAAGAGAAAUAUUGAGCUUGCCAGGGGCAAAGGAGGCCAAGUGCUGUUGACACAGGCAGAGGAAGAGCGUCUGGCCGAACUCCUGCGAGACAUGGAUGAAGAGGAAGAGGACAGUGCCAGAAGAGCAGACAACGAGGAGAACAUGUGGGCCGUGCCGGUGUCGACAAGCCAGGGCUACACCCAGGAUACGUCCGACAUGGAGCGGCUGAAUGCCAUUGACUCUAAACUUCUCCUUUUCAAGCCAGUUGUAGACCUCCCAACACUGCGAAGCUCCUGUGCAGCCACAGAUGAGGAACGUACCUCGGACAUUGGCCCGAGGCAUGACGUGGACCCUCAGCCAGGCGAGAAGGUCCUGCAGGACAUCAAGGAGAGAAGGACGCAGGAGUUGCAGCUCCUGGAGAUCCAACGGCAGCUGGACCUUCUGGGCCAGAACCAGGAGAUGACAAGUGAGUCAGAGAGCCUCAGUCAGGAGCAGUUGCUUUGCCUGCUGGAUGGUUUCGAGCUGACGGAGUCAGAGCCAGAACCUUGACAUAAACAUGGACCUUCACCACAAGAGGCCCUGCUGUCAAGAUGUCCGUCAAACCACACGCCAUUGUUGACAUCACGCUUUCUGACUUCCAAAGUAGGAAGCGAGCGUUGCGGAGAGAUUGUCGGGUGUAGUCACGUCACUGUCACAACAGACAACUUUAACUGCUAAAGAAUGAGUCUUCUAUGCUGGCAAAUCUUGGGCUGUCUUAAACACGAGUUUGCUCUCACACUACUUACAAAAACAUGUGUCGUUUGGCUUUGGAAUGAGAUUUCAUAAUGAAGCAGAA